AUGUACGGCCCUCGAAGCAACAGAGUGCACUUUGAGUCAACGACACCAGGCGUCCCCGAGGUCCAUAUUCGUCGCACCCGGAGCGUAAACCGAGGACCUCGCCAGCCUCGCAGUCGUACUCGGAGUGCCGAACGAGUCCACACCCUUUGGGACGAAACACCAGUCGCCGACAUGCAGGGCCGUGAACGCGGCGGCGGCGUAAGCCGCGAGACCUACGACCAGCUCUUCCGUGAGAACCACAUCCUCCGGGUCCAGGUCCAGGAGCUAGAGGAGGACGUCCGCAAGGAGAAGGCCUUCAACUCGGAGCUUCGCCGCUCAGUCGAAAGCAACUCUGACAGCGAAGCCCGCAAAUCGACAAAGCUACGCGAGGCCCGCAAGAAGAAUGCCCUUCUCGAGCUCGAGAACAGCAACCUCACGACCAAGAUCCGGGACCUCAGCCGUCAGCUCAAGGACGCUCUUGAGGCCAAAGCGAGAUAUGUCGGCACUGAGUACGAGACCAUGAAGCAGCAGGUUGCUGAGUGGCGCCGACGAUACGAUGACGCCAACCGCCGCAUUGACCGGAUGCGUGACAAUCUCGAUGAGCACAUUGCUACCAACCGGGUGCUUCAGGCCGAGGUCGAGACGCUUCGGAGGGAGAAUGAGCGGCUACGGCGACGUCACCCUUGA